AUGGCGGAGGCCGCGGGCAGCAAGGCGGCGCAGCAGCAGCACCUCUGCUGCAGCAUCUGCGCGGAGCCGACGGCGCCGUCGGAGUUCCACCGCGGCGGCAGCGCCUGCGCGCACGCCUUCUGCGGGGCGUGCAUCACGGGCCACGUCCGCGCCAGGCUCGAGUCCGGUCCCGGCGCCGCCGCCGCCGUGCGAUGCCUGGACGCGUCCUGCGGCGGCAAUCUCGACCCGGAGCUGUGCCGCGCCGCGCUCCCGGCCGACGUGUUCGAGCGGUGGUGCGCCGCGCUGUGCGAGUCCAUGUUCGUCGGGGCGCGCAGGACCUACUGCCCCUUCCCCGACUGCUCGGAAAUGAUGGUGGCCGACGACGACGAGGAGGAGGACGAUGACGAGGAGGGUGAUGGUGGGAAGCCCGUGACGCAGUCGGAGUGCCAGGUGUGCAGGCGGCUGUUCUGCGCCCAGUGCGCCGUGCCGUGGCACGCGGACGUCGACUGCGCCGCGUACAAGAGAGGGGACAGGAGCAGGGAGGACCUGAUGCUGAUGGAGAUGGCCAGAGAGAAGAAGUGGAGGCGGUGCCCCAAGUGCGACUUCUUCGUGGCCAAACGAGAUGGCUGCCUUCACAUUAUCUGUAGGUGUGACUUUGAGUUCUGCUAUGGAUGUGGCGCUAAGUGGGGCUCUGCUGGGUGUUCUUGUGAUGACCAGGACCAUGAUGAGAGUGAGGAUGAAGAUGAUCUCGUUGACAUGUGAGCAUGUGACCAUUAUGAUAUUUGUGUCGCAUGCCUUGCUGUUAUGGAAUUCAGACGGGCUAGAGAAAUAUUUUGAAGUAUUAUAUGGUCCGUACGUGCUAGGGAAAUUGAAACACAUAAUGGUU